CCCACACUGGUCACGCCUGCUGGUAAUAUAUAUCCUCUACACGCUCCGUAGGACGGCCGAAGCAUAUUGUGUCAAUCCCUUCUUGUGACCAUGCACCUUCUCACGUUGCUAUCCGCAGCCAUAUUGGCGCCCAUGUGCGGGCUUGCUGCUCCGGCGGGCGAUUUCUCUGCGACAUACCAUGUUCUUGACAAGAAAGGAGACAAUCUCUGCAAUCAAUACAAGUCACCGCCGCAACUUUGCACCCCUGAUUUAACUGUAACUGUCGCACAGACAGCCGAAAGAGCGUACAAGUUUUACAAAGCAUUCGUCGUGGACGGAGAUGCGCGUACGAUGUUUUCACUAAUUGACAAUUCUUACAUUCAACAUCACGCAGGCUACGCAAAUGGCCCGCAAGCGAUUUGGUCGCUCUUCUGCAAUGGGAAACCAGUAGGAACCGCAGGAAACUCUGCCUGGUGUUUCGAUGCAAGCACGAACAUGUCUUACGCACGAUACUCGACAGUGGACAGAUGGCGUUGGGUUGGUGGCUGUGUUCACGAACAUUGGGACUCGAACGAAAAGAUACCGACCGAGAAGUGCUACAAGCUGAAUAGCACGCUUGUUGCGUGA